UCAGCGGCCGGCAGGGCGGAGGGCGAGGCUUUGUGCAGCGCGGCCCCUCCCCCCCGCCCCUCACUGCGCCGGGGCUAUGAUCGUGUUUGUCAGGUUCAACUCCAGCCAUGGUUUCCCAGUGGAGGUUGAUGCGGAUACCAGCAUCUUCCAGCUCAAGGAGGUGGUUGCUAAGCGACAGGGAGUUCCAGCUGACCAGCUGCGUGUGAUUUUUGCAGGGAAGGAGCUUAGGAAUGACUUGACACUGCAGAAUUGUGACCUGGCCCAGCAGAGUAUAGUUCACAUUGUUCAGAGUCCAAAUGAAGAUGUGCAGAAAAGGGCCAAAGCUGGUCAUAUUCCCCUGGAAAGAGAACCUAAAAGCUUAACUUGUGUAGACCUCAGUACCAGCAUCCUUCCAUCUUACUCCACAGGGCUAGCUGUUAUUUUGGAUACUGCAGAUGAUGGCCUUCCCCUUCCAUCUGACAAAUCAGGUGCAUCUGGUUACAACAGCUUUUAUGUUUUCUGCAAAAGUUUCUGUCAAGCUGUGAAACCUGGAAAGCUCAGGGUGCACUGCAGUAUGUGUAAACAAGGGACACUGACUCUAUCAAGAGGUCCAUCGUGCUGGGACGAUGUGCUGAUUCCAAACAGAAUAACUGGUGUUUGCCAAUCCCCAAACUGCAGUGGUAAUGUAGCGGAGUUUUACUUUAAAUGUGGAGCACACCCAACUUCUGACAGUGAAACAUCUGUGGCUUUGAACCUCAUUACAACAAACAGCCGUCGUAUCACAUGUAUAACAUGCACAGAUAUUAGAAGUCCCGUGCUGGUGUUCCAGUGCCCGCACCACCAUGUCAUUUGCCUUGACUGCUUCCAUUUAUACUGUGUGACUAUGCUGAAUGAUCGCCAGUUCAUCCAUGAUCCUGAGCUUGGCUACUCCCUCCCCUGUGUAGCUGGCUGUCCAGACUCCUUGAUUAAAGAGCUUCAUCACUUCAGAAUUCUGGGAGAAGAACAGUAUAACCGCUACCAGCGCUAUGGGGCAGAAGAGUGUGUGCUGCAGAUGGGCGGAGUGCUGUGCCCAGUUCCAGGAUGUGGGGCUGGCUUGCUUCCUGAACCAGGAGAGAGAAAAAUCCGAUGUGAACCAUGCAGUGGACUGGGUUGUGGGUUCGUGUUCUGCCGUGAGUGUAAAGAAAAAUACCAUGAUGGGGAAUGCAGCACUCUCCUCAACACAGAAGGAGCUGUAGCACAGCAGGGAUAUGUGGUCAAUGAGCACGCAGCCAUGCGAGCACGGUGGGAAAAGGCAUCCAGAGAAACAAUCCAAAAAACAACAAAACCAUGUCCUCGUUGCCAGGUACCAGUGGAAAAAAAUGGUGGAUGCAUGCACAUGAAAUGUCCUCGACCUCAAUGCAGAUUUGAGUGGUGCUGGAACUGUGGAUUGGAGUGGAACAGGAACUGCAUGGGAGAUCACUGGUUUGAUUAAUAGUUCAGUAGCACUAUGGAUGACCCAAUGGGUAGCACGGCAGAACCUAGAUGCACAACACAUGCUUUUUCAUCUAGGCUGAAUUCUGAACUCAUUACUCAGGCCAAAUUCCCAUUGGCUUUGGGAUCAAGGAGUCCAGAAUCCUGGCACAUUCUGUUUGUUUCUUUUCAUAGCAAAUCAUACCAAAGAUCUCAUUCAGGUACUGUUAAGAUUUUUAAAUCUACAAAGCUUUUGUAUUAAAAAAAUUUAGAAAGUCAGACUUACUGGUUUUGGCACAGGGAGGAGUGAACUGCACUUCCCUGCAUGUCUGUAUGCUCUUGAGAUGAACGGCAGGCAGUAUUGCUACCAGGAACUUUGCUUGACCUGUCUGUUCUUUCUGUUAAGGUCAGGCCUUUGUAAAUCUCAGCAGCAAAAGCAACCUGGGGGGAGGUGUUCACUGAAUUAGACAUUGCCAGUGCUGCUCUGACCACUGCCUUUUCUCAGUCAACACAGCCCACUUUUUGAGAGAGUCUUUUUACAGCUCCCUGAGUGAAAGGGAGUUUGAAACUUUGCAAGUUUCUCUCCUAACAGAUUUUCAGCUGCAGCUAUGACUUUUACCAAGAGCCAUGGUAGUAAGAUUUGGCUUAUACAGGCAAGAAUAGAACGUUUAUUUGCAGCAUAUCAUACGUUAAUUAAGCUUAUAUAUUCACUAUAGACUCAGGUCAUUGUAGCCCUCACAAGAUUAGUUAAAGAUGCAGUUUCUGCCAUAACCCAGUGUUCUUGUGAUGGUGGCUGUUAAUCAAACUAGGAGUGUUAUCUGAGCUAGAUUGUGUUCCUUUUUCUUUGCUUCUGGCACUAUUUUUGACCCGGUGAGGGAGAGGCUUAUUAUUGGGACUUAUUAUUGUUGGUUUAGUUCUGUAGAGGUUUUUCUGGGCUUUGGGUGUGCUUUUGAAACGCAGUUUACAGCGUAACCAAUCAGGGCAUCAGCACUCAUUUUGGUGAGGGCCUGUUAAGAGGUGACCCAAAGGAUUUGCAGCACCUCAGCAUCUGAAUGACCCUAUUGUCUCACCACCUUCAAAUUGUUUUCUUUUUAAAAUGUUAGAGGGAAGUAAUCCCUGCCAUAUGUUACUGAAGGAGCUGUACUGUGCUGUCUUGGAAAAAAAUUGAACUCAUUUGAAUGACAGGAGAUGAAUAAAAUAUUGAAACCUAAUGAA